AUGAUCAGACAGAAUACCGCGCUCCCGCAUUUUGCGACGCUGGCGUCGGCCAAUGAGAUGCUCGACCUCACGGAUCUCUUGGUGGCGCCGCCGGCGUCCGUGUGGCCACGAAAUCAGCGCACGCGCUACGGCUGGCCAGAACUUCAGGCGGCGAGUACUCCGCUCCUGCGGCGGACGUCGCCGUCGUGUAUGCUUACUUCGGUCGUCGCGAUACUAUUGGCGUCGCCUCCGAUACAUGCGGUGCUGCUGGCUUCGAAAGAGCUCGCGAGGAAGGACACCGACUAG